UUGAGCACAUCCCCUGUCCUGGCUAGUGACGGAGGUCCCGGCUGAGCAGGCGUGAAGUGGGGGGACCCGCCUGGAUUUGUGAGAACUGCCGCACCCGCUGGCCCUGGCAUCUGCUGUGGCUGCGGGUGGAGUGGGACGGGAGGUUGGGCGGCAGGAGCGCCCGCGAAACCGGCCCGCAGGGUCCUGCCCUGGGAAGAUGGCCUACUAUGGAAAAUGCAUUGAAACUGUCAUUGAGCAAUUGAACAAAUUUCAGCCUGAGAAGGACAGUCCUGAGCAGUUCCUGGAGGCAACGUCCACAGCCCUACAGACUCUGAGCCCCCAGAAGCAGGCAUUCAUUUUGGAGCUGCUGUCUGGGUGCCUCGAGUACCAGAAGCUGCUGGCCGUGGUGGUGGAUGCCUUCUACGUGCGGGCUGGCUGGUUGUGCCCACGGGCCGACUACAGCCUCUUCCAGGUGAUCUGCUACCUGGCCAUGUUCCAGCUGCAGGAGCUUGGCUUUCAGCUCUUCUGUGACAUCGUGAGGGCCCAGCCCGUGGACAAAAUGCACAAGUUCCUUGGGUUCUUCUUCAACCCCUUAAACCUGUGCUCAUGGAUCAAGGAUGAGUGGAGCCUCAUCUAUGAGACUGCCCAUGUGAGAGAGAACUGGAUCGAUCCCCUGAUGAGAUGGCAGCCGGAGGUCCAGGAGCUGAUCCACCAGCUGGAGGAAGUGAUGGCCAGUCAGCUCCCUCGUUCAAAGACCAAGGCCAGGGUCACAGAGCCCAAGGAGUUCAACCUGACUGUCCCCCGGCCCCGCGCCAUUCCGGUCCCCGAGCCAGUCCCUGUCGUGGCCAAGUCAAAACCAGUCCCCAGGAGCACCUACCAGCAACCCAAGGAGCAGCAGCUGUUGGAGAUGGCCAAGAGGUUUAAUCGCUGGAAGGCCGAGGAGCUGCUGCUGCAGGCAAACAUUGAGGAGAUGCGGUGUGCGGUGCCCCGGUCCCAGGGGGAGCCUCCAAUGCAGGCCUCUAAGAAGAAGCCGCAGCUCCGGCUCAUGCCCCAAAUCAUGAAGACCUCAAAGCUGACCUUCUACAAGCCCAGUGAGGUCCCGGUCAAGCUGAACACAGCUGCCAUCCUCCGAGAAGGGUCUCUGUACCAGCGGCAGGUGGAGAAAGAGCUGCAGAGGGUGGAUCAGCUUGUGGACGGGGCCGGGGACUUCUCUGAGUUCCUCGAGUGGCAAAAGAAGAUGCAGGCAAAGGACCGGGAGGAGGAGCUGACUGCGGGCGAGUGCCGGCGGCUGCUGGGCAAGCUGAGCCGUGAGGAGGCCAUCCUGGCCCGGCAGCACGUCACGCAGGAGAACAAGCAGAAGGCCAACCAGAAGAAGGAGGAGACGGCGGAGCUGCUGCAGCAGUGCACUGAGAGGCGCCUCCAGGAGGAAAAGUCCAUGAAGGAGCUGGUGGAGCAGGUGACAGAGGCGCAGAAGAACGUCAAGCUGGUGCAGAUGAAGCUCCUGAAGGACCGGAGGCAGACAGUUCAGGAGGUGAUGGAGGAGAGCCGGGAGCUGCUGCAGCGCAGCGCAGAGAGAGCCAAGGAGGAGCAGAAGCGGCGCUGUGAGCUCAUCUCCCAACUUCGAGCCCUGGAGACCCAGCCUAUGCGCAAGGGCAAGCUCGUGGACCUGACCCAGAUCCCUGGGUAUGGCCUGGAAGGGGAGAUGUCUGUGGUGGAGCUUCGAGAGCGGCUGGCCCUGCUCAAGGAGAGCCAGCGGCGAGAGGAGGAAGAGAAGCGAGACCAGAUCAUCCAGGGCAAGCGCGCGAGAAGCCAGGAACUGCAGAAUAGGGUGGAGCAGAUCUCGCUGUGCCGAGCAGCCAUGGGCAGGUCUGCGGCCCUGAGGUGGGAGGAGAAGAAAGCCCGCUCUGCGGCCCCGGGGGUGCCCUCCCAGGACGAGCGCGUGCUGGAGCUGCAGCGCAAGGUCGAGGAGAAGGUGGCGGAGCGCCGCCGCAAGCAGGCAACCCUGAAGCCGGUGCCGGCGCCGCGCCCCGCGUGCACUAAGGCAUGGGCGCACCUGGAGGAGCAGCACUGGCGGGAUCUGCAGCAAAGCCGCGAGCGCCGGCUGCGAGCGCUGCAGCUGAGCACCGCGGCCGCCGGACGCGGGCGCCGCCUGGAGGCCGCCUGAGCCGGGCGGGCGACCCCAGACCCCGCGCAGCCCGCCCAGCCAGCCCAGCCCGCCCCGCAGAGCGUGCAGAAAGCCCAGUACGCCUACUCUUCCCCGCCCGCGCGCUCCGCUGCACGCCCCCGGCCGCCCCGUGUUCCCCUGCUCCCCGGCCAGAACAGGGCUGCCGGACAAGAUGCAAGGCGCCCAGUUACUGCGUGGGACAAACACACUAAAUAAAAGUAUCCGCUUUUAUCUGCAAUUUGAAUUUAUCUGGGUGUCCUGUACUUUAUAUGCUAAAUCUGACCACCCUGACCUAGAUCCUCGCCCUUCCCUGGGGCGCAGCGCAAAGCAUUAGCCACGUCCCUCUUCAGAGCUCCCAGAGCCACCUCUGCACGUGAAAACUUGGGAGUCCCCACUCUCUGCCCGGAGUCUGGUAGCAAGGCUUACCCCCGUGUGGUUGUGCACGUGAGUUUGAUUGAGGUGGCCCGGGUGCUUGAGCCACUGGGAAAGGCCUAUCUCAGGACCUACCUCCAGCAAACCUCACUGCAGCCAUGGCGGGGAGGGGGCCAAGGGGAUGCAGGAACUGUCCCCUACCCCCAUUCUGCUGAUGAGGCCAGUAGUCCUCAAAGAGGUAAAGUUACCAGCUCCAAAAGCCUUGACCCAAAGCUAAGUCUGCUUGACUUUAGAGCCCCACCCAGCCUUCUUCAACAACAACAAAGGAGCAUGACUGGAGCCAGUGGGCAUGAGCC